UAGUGUUGUCCCGUCCGUCAACAGGGCCAGCUGGCCAGCCAUCCUCAGAAUAACUCUCAUCUAUAUGCGGCCAGAGUUAAUCCCUAAGACGCGCUCUGCUGAUGUCCCUGGACGCUCUUCAGUGAAAGUCCUGCAGACUGAGAGGAGCUCCACCACCUCAAAACAUGCACACUCACCUGAACAGCCCUGAAGACCACACUUCUCCUCUGUCGCAGUGAUGCAUCCUCCAACACUUCCACCGAGUCACCUGCGGGUCGUUCAGCUGUGAGGGAACCGCGACCCGACCUCCCACCAUGAGUGCUGAGCCCGUCUGCAGGGCAGAGCCGGACUCUGAGCACCACGGUGAGCUGUCCGACAUGGUGGCCUCCAUGGAUGUGAGCGCCAGCCGCAUGACCCCGCCCAACGGCUACAGGUCCGGGCCUCCCAGGACCAGCAGCGGCAGCAGAGCUCCACUCUCAGACAGGAAGUUAUCGCUGCAGGAGAAAGGGAGCCGCAUGGCCCGACAGCGAACCAUUGAGACCAAGCGCGUGUCCAUCACAGACGCUGAUGACUGUGUCCAGCUAAACCAGUAUAAAAUGAAUAAGGAGAUUGGAAAGGGUUCAUAUGGAGUGGUGAAGUUGGCUUAUAAUGAAUACUCAGAACAGUACUAUGCAAUGAAAGUGGUGUCAAAAAAGAGGCUGAUGAGGCUGUGUGGAUUUUUGCGCCGCCCGCCUCCUUCAGGGUCAAACCAGGACACGCCGCUCAAAGGGGCGAUGCCCCUGGAGCGAGUGUACAGGGAGAUCGCCAUCCUCAAGAAGCUGGACCACCAUAACGUUGUCAAGCUGGUGGAGGUGCUCGAUGAUCCUGAUGAAGACGGACUCCACAUGGCCUUCGAAUUGAUGACAAAAGGGCCGGUGAUGGAGGUGCCCACAGAAACCCCUCUAACGGAGGAGCAGGCUCGCUUCUACUUCAGAGACGUCGUCCUGGGAAUAGAAUACUUGCACUACCAGAAGAUCAUCCACAGAGACAUUAAACCCUCCAACCUGCUGCUGGGCGACGACGGUCACGUCAAGAUCGCAGACUUUGGCGUGAGCAACGAGUUUGAGGGGACGGACGCCCUCCUGUACAGCACGGCGGGGACGCCGGCCUUCAUGGCUCCGGAGACGAUGACCGAACACCAGCAGAGCUUCAGUGGAAAGGCCCUAGACGUUUGGGCCAUGGGAGUCACGCUGUACUGUUUCGUCUUUGGGACGUGCCCUUUUUAUGAUGAGUACAUUGUUUCUCUGCACAACAAGAUCAAGAACAAACUCGUGGAGUUUCCAGACACUCCGUUGAUAAGCAGUGAACUGAAAGACCUCAUUGAAAAGAUGCUAGAGAAAGACCCCACGACAAGAAUCACCAUCCCUGAAGUGAAGCUCCACCCGUGGGUGACGGAGAACGGCCUGAACCUUCUCCCUCUGGAGGAGGAGCACUGCACGGAGGUGGAGGUCACCGACGAGGAGGUGCAGAACAGCGUCAAACUCAUCCCCAGCCUUUCCACCGUGAUUCUUGUGAAGUCCAUGCUGAGGAAGCGCUCUUUCAGUAAUCCCUUCGAGGUUCAGGGCAGACGAGCAGAGAGGUCCAUGUCCGCCCCUGGAGGUCUCCUUACUGGUUCUUGGGGCUUACAGGGGUCUUCGCUUCUGUCUCAUCCUUUCUUGAGUAAAGCCAGCAGGGAGGGCAGCAGAGACGGAGAGCUGGAGGACUUGUACGAAGACGAAGCAUUUCAAGAUAGUGCAGACUAAAAUGACAGUGGUAGUGCAGUAUUAUGUGUUUUCUACACUUGUUCAUUCAUCUUUCGCUUCUUGCUUGCUCCGGUCACUUCACAACGGUCCCUUUUUUCCACUUUUCUCCAGAAGGAUUUGGGAUUGAGAUACUAUUAUAGAUCUAUAGUGCUUUAACUACACACGACUUCUUUAAAAAUCCGAUUAGAUGUCAUUGUGUUGUUUUUGUUUUAAUAAGCUGUUGCAGUUGAAAUUAUUGGUGCAAUUUACAUCAUCAUAGAAUGUAUAGUUUAUUUUAUGGAUUCAAAAAUGUAAAUAUGCAUUAUGAAGAAGAUAUUUUUACAUUUUCCUACAACAGUUAAGAAUAAAAGUUUUAAAAAAAGUUAUACAUUUAACCAGACUGUGAAUAUGUUUUUGUCUAAAUUGAUUAUAAAACACAACGGUUUUAGUCUUAUUUUAUUUUUCAGCAGGUCUGUUUAUUUUCUUUGAGACUCAUGGUAUUUAUUCUUGAGUGGUAUUUAAAGCCCUUUUUAAAUCAAAAAUACGUUCAUGAUAUUUCUCAUAUUCUUUCUUGUAUCGUCUCCUGCAUGCCUGCACUUCAGUCUUCAGACCAGAAGAGGGCAGCAUUGGGAAGAAAAUAAAAGCUCCAACUUUGUUGAAGUGCCUUUGAGCAGGACUUCAGUUGCAGGGACACUGCUUUGACAAAUACA